GCGACUUGUUGACAUUGCACUCGUGACGUCACCGUCGUGGGUUCCUGUAAAGAAGCAAGAUGGCACCUGGAACAGAACGUGGGUUAAAGAAUAUUCUUUGGCAGAAAAUAAAGGAGACUGUUAUCGAUGACCACAAAAAGCCAGGAGAGUGGAGGAUAUUAAUUUUGGAUCACUUCACCACCAAAGUGCUAUCUUCAUGCUGCAAAAUGUCAGAUCUAAUGUCCGAAGGGAUAACUAUUGUGGAAGACCUGUAUAAAAACCGUGAACCCGUUCCAGACAUGAAGGCUGUUUAUUUCAUUUCUCCAUCUGAAAAGGGUGUGGAUUCACUUGUUAAUGACUUCAAGAGCACAUACAAGUACAAAGCAGCAUAUAUCUAUUUUACUGACUAUUGCCCAGACAGUCUUUUUAACACACUGAAGACAAAUUGUGCGAAGGCAAUACGAGUUUGUAAAGAGCUAAACAUUUCCUUUCUGCCAUAUGAAUCUCAAGUGUUCACUCUUGAUAAUCCAGAUGCCUUCCACAGUAUUUACAGCACUCACAGGACUGAUAAAGAUGCUACGCUUCAGAAGAUGGCAGAACAGAUAGUGACGCUGUGUGCAACUUUGGAUGAAAACCCUGGAGUUAGAUAUAAAAAGGAACCCUUAGAUAAUGCCAAGAAACUGGCUGAGUUGGUAGAGAAUAAACUCGGAGAACAUUAUGAAUUGGAUGAAAAAUGCAAGGGAAAGAGCAAAACACAGGCACAACUUUUAAUAGUUGAUCGAGGGUUUGAUCCAGUUUCUCCUAUCCUACAUGAACUGACGUACCAGGCAAUGGUUUAUGAUCUGAUUUCAAUUGAAAAUGAUACAUAUAAGUAUCAGUCAAAAGAUGGUGCCGGUGCUAAGGAAAAACAGUCUAUACUUAAUGAAGAGGAUGAUCUUUGGACAAAACUUCGACACAUGCACAUUGCAGAAGUUUCAGAGAAAAUCCCAAAACUUGUAAAGGAAAUUUCUGCAAACAAGAAAAUAAAUGACAACAAGAUUACAAUGAGCGGUUUGUCUCAGCUAAUGAAGAAGAUGCCUGCUUUCCGCAAACAAAUUUCAAAGCAAACAGUCCACCUUAAUUUAGCUGAAGAAUGCAUGAACCAUUUUCAGACAAAUGUGGAAAAACUUUGCAAGGUGGAACAGGACCUAGCUCUUGGAGCUGAUACAGAAGGGCAGAAAGUUAAGGACCCUAUGCGAACACUACUUCCAGUUUUGCUACAAAAGCACUCCACUUACGACAAGAUAAGAGCUGUUCUGCUGUACAUAUUCAGCUUAAAUGGAACGACUGAGGAGAAUCUAAGAAAGAUCAUUCAACAAAUUGACAAUGAAAGUAAUAUUAUUUUAAACUGGGACUUACUCGGAGUCCCCAUUCAUUCUUCAUCUUCUCAGCAACGUAAGACGACGAGGAAAGAUCGCUCCCACGAGGAAACUUACCAGCUUUCCCGAUGGACACCUGUUAUUAAGGAUGUCAUAGAGGAUGCUAUAGAGAACAAGUUAGACACCAGAGAAUGGCCCCAUAAUUCUGAAUGCUCUGCAGCUUGGAAUGGGUCUGGUGCUGUAAGUGCUCGUCAGAAACACAAGGGCAGCAGUCAAGAUGACCGACGGAGUGGUUCAAGACUCAUAGUAUUUAUAAUUGGAGGUGUUAGCUUCUCUGAGAUGCGCUGUGCCUAUGAAGUGACUCAAGCAGUCAAGUCCUGUGAAGUAAUUAUUGGAUCCACGCACAUUUUGACGCCCAGAAGUCUUCUAGAUGAUAUGCAGGAUCUCAGCAAAACUAAAGGGCCCAUGGAAACUUUCACUAUUAUCGAGGAAAAAGCAGCCUGAUGUUUCAAAUAGUGGUGUAGUAAAGGUAAUUUUGAACGAAAGACUCCAGGGAAGGAUGUUGUGUCCCUGAUCAUCUUAUUUUUUGUAAAGUAAAUCAUUUUAAAUGGGUUGACAUAAGGGCUUUUUACCCUACCAGGUCAUUCGUUCCACAGUUAAAUGGUUCUUGUUGGAAGUGAUUGUCAGGAACAAGCACACCAUCGUGUGUAAGGUUUAUGUGUAGUUUGUGUAUAUCUUCAAAUACUAUCUGUUUCUCUGUGUUAGCCUUCAUUAAUUUAGCAACUGAUGAGCAAUUUUGUUCACAUUGUCAUCAUAUUUUAAUACGGAUUGAUGCUACAGCCGGACGCUAAAUAAUUGAAUAGUUUAUUAAUGGAGUCCUGAAUUAAGAGAUUUGUGUUUCAGUGUUUCUAUGAUGCUUUGGAUUUCACUUACCAACUCAGACAUUUUACUUUUAACCCAAACCCUAUGCAGAAUGUAACUUUUUAAAAAAUAUUUUCAAAGUGACUUAAACAACAUACCUGUAGAUAUAUCAUGUAACAUGUAUGUACUAUAGUAUUAAACUGGAAAUUAUGUUAAAUAAAGUAGCUAUCACACAUGCAUAUAUUAAGUAUUAA